GGGGUGUUAUGUCGCUUCUCCCAAAAGGGACGAGCGGUGGGAGAAUCUAAAAAGACUCAAAGCUCUGACGAACGCAGGACCACACAGCAUGACCCUCUUCUCACCCGCACAUGGUGACAGGGGCUGAGGUCGGGCCCGUGUGCAGGUGUGUGUGCCGUCCGACCGUGUUGAGGAGUAUUUGAUCACAGCAGGCACUGCCCGGCCUCCCCUCCAGGCCAGAGGGGGGUUGUAGUGUGUUUCCCCGUCGCGUUUUUCCGGAUGCAGAACAUCCUCGAUCAGAACUUAGACAUGGCCACCGCUCUGCUCGCCGGCGAGAAGCUGAAGGAGCUGAUCCUGCCGGGCUCCUCUCAGGAUGAGAAGUGCGGCAUGCUGGCCGGCCUCAUGGUGCAGCUCAAGCUGGAGCUGCCCUUUGACCGCGUCGUCACUAUAGGGACGGUCAUCAUCCCCAUCCUGCUGGUCACCCUCGUCUUCACCAGGAACUUUGCAGAGGAGUCCAUAUACUGUUACACACCGCACAACUUCACCAGGGACCAGGCGCUGUACGCGAGAGGCUACUGCUGGACAGAGCUGUGCGACGCCGUGCCCGGCGUGGAGCCGCACCUCUGGCCGUCGCUGUUUGAACACAAGUUCCUGCCCUACGCCCUGCUGGCCUUCGCCGGAAUCAUGUACAUCCCCGCCUUGGGCUGGGAGUUCCUCGCCUCCACGCGGCUCACCUCGGAGCUCAACUUCCUGCUUCAAGAGAUCGACAACUGCUACCACCGAGCGGCCGAGGGCCGAGCCCCGAAGAUCGAGAAGCAGAUCCAGUCGAAGGGGCCCGGCAUAACUGAGCGAGAGAGGAGGGAGAUCAUAGAAAACGCGGAGAAGGAGAAGAGCCCCGAGCAGAACCUGUUUGAGAAAUACUUAGAGAGACGAGGCCAGAGCAACUGGCUGGCUAAGCUUUACCUGGGACGCCACCUGGCUAUUAUCUGCCUCAGCUCUAUCCCCAUUUCCUACCUGAGCGCCUACUACGCCCGCCAGAGGCAGAACGAGUUCACCUGUGCCCUGGGUGAGCCCCCGGACAUUAGCAGCUAUCCAGAGUUGAAGCUCAGGGUCAACUGUAAGCUACCUGCUGUGCAGCUGCAGCGCAUCAUGGCAGCGGUGGACAUAGGCCUGCUCUGCACCAUGAACCUCAUCAUCCUCAUCAACUUGCUGCAUUUGUUCGUCGUGCGCAAGUCCAACUUUGUAUUCGACAAACUGCACAAAGUCGGCAUCAAAACGCGGCGGCGCUGGCAGAAGUCCCAGUUCUGCGACAUCAACAUCUUGGCCAUGUUUUGCAACGAGAACAGGGACCACAUCAAGUCACUCAACCGGCUGGACUUCAUCACCAACGAGAGUGACCUCAUGUACGACAACGUGGUCAGGCAGCUCCUGGCCGCGCUCGCACAGUCCAACCACGACGCCACACCCACCAUGAGGGACUCGGGGAUACAGACGCUCGACCCCAACAUGGACCCCUCUGAUCUGGGAAUGGGAGAGAUGGCCGGGGAGCCGCUGGUCACCAAAAGGCCCCGCAAGAAGAUUAAAUGGAUCCCAAGCUCAAAUCCUCUUCCUCAGCCGUUCAAGGAACCCCUUACCAUGACACGUCUGGAAAAUAACGGCAAGCCUGAAAAACCCAAACAGCUCAGACGGAAGACAGUCGGCGACAACUUCAUCGCACCACUCGUGGAUAGCAAGAGCACACAACACCCAUUAACAAAAGAUCUUAGCUUUAUGGAGAAAAAGCACACUCGCAACUUCUCCCUGGACGUCCACCCCUACAUGCUGACCAUCCGUAAGCCCAAGGUGGAGGCGACGAUCGUGGCGCCGCUGCCCUCGGCGCACAACAUUGAUGCGGUGUACCUCGAGGGCACGCACAGUAUCGUUCACGUGUCUGGCGCGAUCACAGCGACUAAGGUGUGCUCCCCAGAAUCGACCAACGCUACCUUUGCUACAGUGACCCUGCCCACCACGACGUACGUGAACGGUGUGAGCCCCAACCCGCCGUCCAGUGAGGAUCCACUCAGUCCCAAGGCCUCUCCUACGCCACGGGAGCCCCUCAUCCAGGCAGAAAACCCUGAGUCUCAGACACCGCCCCUGACCAGAGCCCCCACACACCAGCUGCUGAGUAUACAUCACACUCUCUUCGAGGAGGAGGAGGACGAAGAGCACCGCAGAGACAGACUCGCGGAGAGGCCGGGGGAGCUCAUCGCCGCCGGGGAAUGUUAAAGGUGCAGAAGAAGAGGAACACUGACUGAGAUUCCUCCCUCCCCUCUCUGCACACGACCACCGUGUCACCACCUCUACUCCAAUCCAGAGUCACCUUUACUCUUUGAAUUAACUCACACACUCACGUGAUGGGUGGAUUGGGCGGACUGAUGAGCAAAAAAAUGGGGCCGUGACCGUGCCUGUAGUUGUAAGAAAGAGAAAGAAAACGUCUAGAUGGGCCAAGGAUUCACAAAGGAUGAAUAAGACAGAAAAUCUGUGUAUUUUGGUUGUGUUGACCAGAGGGUUACUGUAGGAAAUGAUGUCACACUCAUGUCUCAGGAUGACUGUGUACAGCUAGUCGCCCUCCAAUGAAACCAGCAGCGAUAUAUACAGUAAUUCAACAGGGUGCUACAGUGCAGGGUCAAACAGCUAUUUCAGUAAGGCGUUGAGAAAGUGUGAGCAGCAAAGAGAGAUGAUGAGUUAGCUUUCUUUAAAAAAAAAAAGACAAACACCUUGGAAAAAUGCAUAUUUGCAAGGAAGACCGCAUUAUGGCUUCGAACUAAAUGUAUUUUUAACACAUAUGAUAACGCUUAGUCCCUUUAUCCUAAUAACCAAGUAGAAAGGUAGCUCACGCAAUCCAGUGGUUGAGAUCUUGCACAAUAAAAUAUGCAAAAGAUCACAAUAUAUUUGUGGCAAUAAUGUAUGCGCUCAAAGCAUCAUAUUUCACAGAAAGCUAUACAUAUAUAGACACUGUAUAUGACUCCUUUUUCGUGGGGUGUUUAAAAUGUGACACAUUUCAUGGCAUUAUUGUUGCCAUUUCACCAUGGAUAAGGGACGUCUAUUCAAAUCUUGACUGCUACAUUUGGACCUCAUUAAAAUGUGUCUGAUAGCUACAAGAUAUCUUUUGUGAUCUAGUUUUAGAGAGAAAAAAAGGAUGUUAUGUGGGUGUUUUCUUCUUGAAGACUUUAAUAUCCCUUUCACCGUGACGACUGGAGCUGGACUCACUGAAAAACUAUAUGACUCCUGUGUCCUGCUGGCUUCUUGUGGGAGUGCCGUGAUGUGAAACGAAUGAAGUGACGAGUUUGCUGUGGAAUCGUUCCUCCCUGGAGGCUUGGCAUCUGCUUGUCCCACAUGAUCUGAAUGUAUUUUUUUCUCUAGUUCUCACAUAGCGUCUCACAUCACCAAAAAAAAAACCCACUGAUGAAAGAAGUUAGGAUGAUAGUUUGUCUGUUAUUUGUAGUAAAAACCAAGCAUAUAGGCCAGGUUAGUACCUUUCACAGGGAGGGGUGAGUUCUCAAGUGAGUGGACAAGGGGACAAGGAGUGCCUAUCACAGCCACUCCUUAUGCAUUUCUUUCAGGAACUUCAAUAAAAAGGAACUGUCAACACUGACUGACACGA